CGCUGCGCUCGCUGUUAUCGCGUAUAUCCUUUAAGUUCUUGGCGGGAUUAACCGGAACUGUUUGUUUUUUAUUGCGCACCCCUUUUUUGCACCUUAGAAAAAGUACCCUUUGUGCACCUUUGAGGUGGUGGUGAUUGUGACUAGUUCGGUUUAUCCGAGAGGAAAAAGCACUUUGAAAAGAAGAUUGGCGGCCGUUGGGGUUGUAAAAACACGCACGCAUCAAUUUUUAAAUUUCGUGUUAUACGAAAAUGACCAUUCCAUGCCGGCUCCCCACACAAACUUUUCUCAAACUUUAAUAAUUGAUUAUACAAUUAUCAGAAGUUGUGCGAGUGCUUUAAUAAAAACGUGCAGUUACUUAAAACUCGUGUAAAGUAAACGCUACCGUAACGUGUCGUGCGAGAAUCUCGUAGCAAUGGAUACUAAUUCAGUGUCACCGAUGCCGGAAUUGGCACCUAUCGCCGAGUUCGACAAAACUCCACCUACACCACCGGAAGAAACGCUUCCUAUAGAUGACUUACCGCCACCACCGACCACUGUAACGGUUCACGAAGAAAAAUUAAAGGAAGAGGAGCACCGGCAUUAUGAGGAACAGGAAGAAUGGGGUUGCGGUAAUUGGAUGGAGUAUACAUUCGUCGUGAUUGUAGCGUGUAUAUUAUUGCUAGGAAGCGUAGGAUUAACAAUAUUCUGGGUUAUGAGCUAUCGCGGAGGAUUCGGAUGGAGAGAUGCGAAUAAUCCUGAAAAACAAUUCAAUUUGCACCCGGUUUUAAUGGUUGCGGGAUUCAUCACAUUCAGCGGAUUCUCGAUCUUGCUCUACAGAAUAUGCAGAUGCUGUCGGCGAAUAUACGUCAAGCUUUUGCACACGGUUUUCCACGCCUUGGCCAUACCCUGCGUCGCCAUCGGAUUUAUAGCCGUACUGGAAUACCACAAAUACAGAAACAUACCGAACUUCUACUCUCUUCAUAGUUGGUUGGGAUUCGUGACGAUGGGCCUAUUUGCCAUUCAGUUUGUAGUGGGAUUCUUCAGUUUCCUAAUCCUUCUAUGUUGCCAAAGUGCCACGUCGGCAUUUAGAGCAGCUCUCGUUCCGAUACACGCAUCAUUCGGCCUAACAACCUUCAUGCUGGCCAUAGCUACAUGCCUCACAGGUCUGACGGAGAAGGUCUUCACUAUGCCCGGAUUUGAAUACUCAAACCUGCCGCACGAAGCUAUAGUAGUGAAUACAUUUGCAAUGGUGUUGGUUGCCCUUGGUAUAUUGGUAUCCUAUGCAGUGCGCAGUCCCGUCUUGCGCGUUGACACCAAGGUGUAUGUAACAGAACGGUUAUAGGAUUCGGCCAAUACGCAUAAUGGCGUCGAUCAAAACUCGAAGGACACUAACAUAACCGACAAUGCGCGAUACUGAGUACCAAACUACAGCUAAUAACUUUACUCGUAAUUAGAUUUUCUUUCCAAACGCGUAUUUUGGUGCUUGGUAUCUUGAAUGUGUUUAAAUAUAAUGUCAACCGAAAUCGACUGCAUUAGAUUGUGAUCUAAUACCGAUAUUAAUCUGCCAAAAUAAGUGUCACACAAUUUGUUUUUUUUAAACGUCUAUAAUAGGUAUACGAUUUUAGAAACAUUUUCCAUAACGUAUCACACCUAACACUAAAAAGCUCAAUCUAGAUCUGUAAAGGAAAACAAUCAAAAUUUAAUCAUGUUAGUAAUAAAUGAAUGUCUCUUGGUGUUUUUAGACGAUGUAAAUUAUUGUGGGACUGUUUUCGUUUUUAGUACCUAGGUUAAUAUAUGUAA